AUGCAACUCGGAAGUUUUGUUGACCGAUCCGGUUUUCGUGAGCUUCUCAUUAACGGCCUUGACCAUGAUGUCUUAUUCAACAAAUGCUUAGACCAUUACAUGACAUCGGACGGUAGCAUAACGGCAUACUUUACCGACGGAUCAACCCUCAAAGCAUCUUUAUUAGUAGGCGCAGAUGGUGCGAACUCCCAAGUUUGCCAGCAGUAUUUGGGCCAAUUCCCGAUGAUAGGUGCCGGAAGAACAAUCAUUUGUGGAAAAACGCCACUCGGCGAGGACCUCCAAGCUGUCAUUCGUGAUAGCGGGCUCGAAGGUUCUUCAAUAGCAGUGGAAAAAGCUGCCGAUCAAAAGAAUCAGACUUUGCUUCUCGAAAUAAUUCACUUUGGACGGGGAGAAACACUCGGAACAUUUUCACCUCAAGACUACGUGUACUGGGUGCUCAUAUCUCCCUCGGUCCUCAAGAAGGCAGGGGAAGGAUUGCGACUGUGUUAUGAGGAAUCUGCAUCCUUGUCACUCGAGUUGACUCAAGGUUGUGCAUCCAUAUUACGUCAAGUUCUUGAAAUGCAGGAUAACAGCCAAACUUCAACUCUAUGCAUCUCUUCAUCGCAUCCCGAUCUGCCUAUUCGGACGUCUUCUGCUCGAGUCACCAUGUUCAGAGAUGCGAUUCAUCCAAUGCCUCCUACAGCUGGUCAGGGUGCCAAUACUGCCCUUCGUGAUUCAGCUGAAUUUAGCUCACAUGAUUAUCGCAGCAGCAGAUAA